UGGGGAGGUAAGUGAGGCCCACUUCGACCCAGCAGCUCACUGCAGAAAGGCCCUGUCCCCACUCCCCACGCCAAGCCCAGCACAGCCAAGUGACAGCUCUCCCUCGGAGAAGAAGAAGUUAUCGCCGUUGACCGCUCCUCUAAGAAACCGAAGCAACCAUGUGUGACGAUGAGGAAAGCACUGCCUUGGUGUGUGACAACGGCUCGGGCCUGUGCAAGGCGGGCUUCGCCGGGGAUGACGCCCCCAGAGCCGUCUUCCCCUCCAUCGUUGGCCGGCCCAGGCACCAGGGAGUGAUGGUGGGCAUGGGUCAGAAGGACAGCUACGUGGGCGACGAGGCCCAGAGCAAGAGGGGUAUCCUGACCCUUAAGUACCCCAUCGAGCACGGAAUCAUCACCAACUGGGACGACAUGGAGAAGAUUUGGCAUCACUCCUUCUACAACGAGCUGCGCGUGGCCCCUGAGGAGCACCCCACCCUGCUGACGGAGGCCCCCCUUAACCCCAAGGCCAACAGGGAGAAGAUGACCCAGAUCAUGUUUGAGACCUUCAACGUUCCAGCCAUGUAUGUAGCUAUCCAGGCUGUCCUGUCUCUCUACGCUUCCGGUCGCACCACAGGUAUCGUGUUGGACUCUGGCGACGGCGUGACCCACAACGUGCCGAUCUACGAGGGCUAUGCUCUGCCCCACGCCAUCAUGAGGCUGGACCUGGCAGGUCGAGACCUCACCGACUACCUCAUGAAGAUCCUCACCGAGAGGGGCUACAGCUUCGUCACCACUGCUGAGAGAGAAAUCGUGCGUGACAUCAAGGAGAAGCUGUGCUACGUGGCUCUGGACUUCGAGAACGAGAUGGCCACCGCCGCCACCUCCUCGUCCCUGGAGAAGAGCUACGAGCUUCCUGACGGACAGGUCAUCACCAUCGGCAACGAGAGGUUCCGCUGCCCCGAGACCCUCUUCCAGCCCUCAUUCAUUGGCAUGGAGUCCGCCGGCAUCCACGAGACCACCUAUAACAGCAUCAUGAAGUGUGACAUCGACAUCCGUAAGGACCUGUACGCCAACAACGUGCUGUCCGGUGGCACCACCAUGUACCCCGGCAUCGCUGACCGCAUGCAGAAGGAGAUCACCGCCCUGGCCCCCUCCACCAUGAAGAUCAAGAUCAUCGCUCCCCCAGAGAGGAAGUACUCUGUCUGGAUCGGAGGCUCCAUCCUGGCCUCCCUGUCCACCUUCCAGCAGAUGUGGAUCAGCAAGCAGGAGUACGAUGAAGCAGGCCCAAGCAUUGUCCACCGCAAGUGCUUCUAGAAAGCUUCGGCCUCUCCCCUCCCCUCCCCUCUUCUUCAGACCUGAUUGAUUUCCCCCCCUUGCUGGCCACCUUAUGUCCCAGUGUAGCCUAGUCUGGCACAACCUAGUUCAAAAGCCCAGUCCCGUUUUCCACAAGAAAAACACUCAAGCCGAAGAGAUGGAGGAAGCUGUCAUAUUUUCGGAUUGAACUUUUGAUCAUCAAGGCUCAGCCUUUUAGAAUUCAGCUCAGUCCCAUCUUUUCUGAUGUUUUUCUUGUCUAAACGAUAACCAGGCUUAAACCACACACCCACUCCUUGUUUCGUUCUGUCUAAGUCUCUGCUUUGAGGCCUGAAUCACCAUAAGUGCCUAUUCAAAACAAGAAGACUUCCCCCCAGAAGGGCUCAGUUCAGAGCCCUCCCUUGCUCUCUGUCUCUCUCUCUUGCUGCCUGUAAUACUGUGAAUGUGGUGCUUGUCCUUUUACCCCUCUCCGAACCCCCCCCCCCCCCCCUCCAUCCCUCUCCUAAAUGUAACUCCACGUUCUGUCUUUUGCACUGCUCACCCCUUUCCUCGAGUGAAUCUCCCUUUUUUGUUAUUGUUUAAUGUCAAAUGUUUUUAUUUUUGAACAAAUAAUUUUGAACAUUGCCAGUUGGGUGGUAAUUAAAUCGGCGGGGGCCAUUCCCAGGUCAGACCAGUUUUGAGAAAAACUGUCAAAAGCUGAACUGGUGGUUAAUGGUUUUUGCCAAACGUUCAUUGGAAAAGUCUGCUGAGGCCAAUGUGGUUCAAAACAAGCUUCAAAGAUAGCCAUGAGGAACAUUCAAAAGCUGAAGGGUUAAGACUUGUAUGUGAUAACGUUGAUGAUGACAUGUGAAAACAUGAAUAAGACUGCCCCGGAAAGACAAUAAAAGCUUGUAUACAAAACAAUGUUUGUGUAUCGG